GGUUGCCUCCUGAUUCUUUGUAUGAGGUGCCUGACACAGCUGAAAGCCCUGCCCCUGUGCCAGAGGCGGCAAAGAAGAAAAAACCAAUUCGUGGUCAAACCUUGACGGCUUUUCCAACAUAUCGCCGAAUAUGCGUGCUUCAACAAGACGGAAAAGAAAGUUGCUCCAGCACGGAGCUGUCCGCCGAGCAAUGGCGAAGUGCUCAUGUUGAAGACGCAUGGCACAUUCAAUCGCGGGCCAUGAUACAUGUUUGCGGCCCAUCCUGUUGGAAGUACAACAAGACAGGCACGCGAAUUUGCAGGCACCAUUCCUACCACAUAGUUGUGCUUGAGCCAGACCCAGACAGUGAGAUGCCGGCUGAAAAGCAGAUUAAGCUGCGCAGGGAUGGCAAGCCGCUCAACAACCAACUGUUUGUGCAAGAGGAGGCUGCCAGAGGCAAGAGAGGCAGAAUUGCGCCAAUUGUGGUAAUGCCGUUUGAAACCAUGACAAAUUACAUUGUUGCAGCCAGCCUGCGCUGCAAUUUUGACAACCAGUCAUUGCUUUACCUGCCUCCCCGUUCUGUUCUCCCCUUGGCACAGUUGCCGAACAUCGGCCCCAUGCCUGAAUUUGCGUGGAUGUCGCGCACUGAAGGCGAUCUCGAGCCCAAAUGGCUGCUUGACGAGCGCCUACCACACACGGAAACAGAAGAAGGCUUGGGCAACUGUGAAGAGCUAAUGCAAGAGCUUGAGGCAGAAUGCAGAAGUGCGUUCCAGGACGCGCACAACACGGGCUUCUACAUCAACCAGUACACCACAAAAAUCAAUGCUCUCGGGGAUGCCUUGAUGCAAGGCUUGCGCCGGGCAUGUGACAGAUUGCAGUCAGAAGAGGCAACCCGUGUGAACACUGAGAGCUCCCAAGCCUCUGCUCAGCAGAAAAGCAAGCAGCGAAUCGCAGCAUUGUUGCGCAAGAUGGUGCAUUUGAUGAACUCACUGCAAGUCAAAAGCGGCUCUGAGCUCGUUUUUCCAAUGAUGUACGAUCACAUGUCUUUUGCAACGCACCGCACGUGGGAAGUGAACCUGAGAGUUGCGUAUGCUAAAACGCUGAAUAGCUGGGAAAAGUAUUUUGAUGGCAGCCUGAGAGCACUUCGAAAGCCAGAGUCAGAACUUGCGCAAGCCAUAGGGUUUGUGCUGCCAACCAGCAUGACAGGCAAAGAGCGCGAGCUUCCCCCAGGAUGGCUGUUAUUGCCUGCUCCGCAGCCAUUGGCAAGUGAAAUCGAGGACAUGGACGGCCACAUCUACAUAAGCCCGCAGGGGUGUAGGUUUACAUCUCUUGCCGCAGCUUUGCAGCAUGCCAAAAAACGUGGCAGCAUGGAUCACCUUGCCAGCAGAGCCCACACUUUGAAGCACGAAGGGCUAGACGCAUCAAAUUCCGUGACGGUUCAGUUUACCUCCAAUCACGAGGACUACAUGCAUCGCUGUCAGUCUGAUUUGCUCGCCCCUUUGCCCGCGUACGUUUACAACAUGUGGGUGUACACUGCGAACAAAAAAACAGACCAGGAUCCUCACCGCGACAUGUACCUUGACAUUCCGUUCAGCUCAGAUUACAGAGCAAAGCAAGCAAUCAAAAUACAGCGAGUCAGCAUAGUUCCUCGUGUGCCAGAGAUUUCUGGCAUUUCUGUGCCAUCGCCAGACAUAGACCCUCACAAAAACUGUCUCGUUAAGUUGUUGCUGUUCAAGCCGUACAACGCACUAGAUGAGAUGGAUGACCAGGGCAAUCCACUGGACCCAUACCAGUGCUUGUUUACAGACUCUAAUGCGCCUGGAAAGCGCUGCAAAAAGGAUCCAGACUGUAACCCAUAUGAUGCUUUCGUGAGCGCGUGGCAGCACUACUGGACAUCAGAGGUUCUGCCGCAUGCCAGCGCAGCGCAUGCAAAAAUCGCCAUGCAGAAGAACUUUCCCACCAUCUGGGAGACUGCAGAGGUAUGCAAUCACAUGGCAACAUUGGCGGCAAAAACUCGUGUUACUCUCCAGGCCAAGCUUGCUGCCCGCUUGGAAAGGGAUUCAGCAAGCAGGCUAACUCUACCGGAGUAUUGCGCCUACAUCGUUCGAAAAAUUGCAGCCAACUUGGACGCUUAUGCCAGAGCAAAGUCAGCUCCAAGAACCAAAAGUUAUGCCAUUGACGCAGACGCUGUAGAUGAUCCGACCAUCUACAGAAGCUCUGCUGCCGAAGACAACGCAGAGCUUUUUGACGCAGCGCAAGAUGACGCGCUAGAUCCAGAUGAUGAGGGGAUUGUGAAGCUCAAGGCCGGUGAAGCGCCAUUGAAAGUGCACCAUGCCCUCAGCCAAGAGGGCCGGCUUAAAGUGCUAGGUUUUCACCGGCAAAGGGUGUCCAAGUUUGUGAGAGAAAUGGUUAGUGCUGGCCUUUUGCCUUUAACCUCUGAUCAGCAAAAGCUGCGAAAGGUUGCGGAAAGGUUGCCCCAGAAAGUUGGACCCCCCGCGGCUGGCCAGAUCUGGAAAGCGACACUACCACCAGUAACGCAACUGAUGGUGGAAACUCAGCGAGAAGGUUUGGCCCGCAAGCAGCCGGCAGUAGAUGUUGAGGCACCUGCCUCAGACCCGCCGGUGCCAAGCAGUGUUCUUCAAGAAGCUGGCAAUCCAGAGGUGGAAGCUUUUUGGCAGCACUUGAAAAGGCCUUCUUACCGUAUGGCCGAGAGAGUGUUGGCUUUUGAGCAAGAUAAGGCACGAGGCUUUGAACUGACAGCCGAGCAGAGAGCGUUGUGCAGGUGGUUCGGCGAAGCACUUGAUGUAGCUUUUGAGGAAGAGGGCAAAGGGGUACCCGUCAAUCAACGCACCCAGAAAGCUUGCAUGCUUAUGGGAGCCGGCGGGACAGGAAAGACAACCAUAGUUUUGAAGCUGCUGCUGGAAGUGUUUAUUGAGUACUUCCCCGCAAUGGACAGCCGGCAACGUUUCAUGAUCACCACAUUCAGCCAUGCGCAGGGCGAUGCAAUUUCGAACGAGAAAUUUAGAGCCAAGACAGUGCACGCAGCAGCGAGCUACAGAGUCGCGAGCCUUCGCAACAGAGACCUAGCUUUGAAAACCAAAAGAACGGAAAUGGAAAGCCGCUGGCGGUCCAUUAUUUUCCUGAUUGAAGAUGAGGUGUCUCUCAUUCCGGCCGGGGUCCAAAACAUGUUGCUCUACCGUGUGAUGCGGGCCAGGCAGAACAUGCAUGUUUUGAAGCCACAUGAAUACGGCCACACAGGGCAGCUUUUUGGAAAAAUUCCCAUUGUCCUCAUAUCCGGUGACUUUCUUCAAAUAAAGCCCGCUAUGGAAAUUUCCUUGGCGGAUGACCUCAGCGCGGCACACGGGCAAAGAGUGUGGGCGGAGCAUCAGGUGGCCCAGGAUGCCACGCUCGGGAUUUGCGAUGUGGUUCGGCUGACAAAAAGCAAACGAUAUUUGGAUGAGCACCUCCCUGGAAUCACAGCUGCUAUGCGCGCAAGCAGGCCGGAAGCACCUAUGCUUGAGGCUCACUUGGCUUUGUUGCGGUCUCGCAGGAUUGAAGAUUGCAAGAAUGAGCUAGAAACCGACUUGUUUGCCAACGGCCAUGUUGUUGGCUUGUACUGGGAGAAUAUAGCGCGCAGCAUGGUUGAGCGAGCCCACAGGGAUGCUCGAAAACUUGAUGUGCCUCUUUUUUGCCUGCAGGCCGCGGACCAACGACACAAGCUAGCUAGCAAGACACUUGACCAACAGAUCACACACAAUUUGCUGACAAUUCCAAACCUGCACAAGACCGGCAAGCUGCAGGGGAUGCUUUUGAUACAUGAGCAGAUGGUCGUGCGCCUGACCGACGUUCUGUCUUCAGAGCUCGGCCUUGUGAAAGACAAACUUGGCCGAGUAGUCUCGGUGGAGCUCCAUGGGGCCGACAAGAAGCGAUUGGCCAACCUGCCGCCUGGAUACACUCAUUUUUUUCCCGACUUUAUGGUUACAGGAAUCUGGGUUGAGGUUCAGAACUUCAACGGCGCACCUUUGGCAGAGCACUUGCAGGCUGCUGGCCAGAAGCGGGGGCUGGCGCCGGAGCAGCUUGCAAAGGCCUCUUCGCUGCUUUUUGUUGAGCUCGCCCACGCCGAGUUUAGCGUAGAGCUCACGGUGGAGGGCGAGAGCCAUCGAGUGCAGGUUCUCCGGUGGCAAUUCCCAUUGACCCAUGGGAUGCUUCGCGCUGCAUAUGCGGCACAGGGCUUAACCUUGGAGGGCGGUGUUGUCAUCGAUUUACGCCGCGCUGGCGGUCUUAGCGACGACAACUGGUGGCUAUCCUUGUACGUAAUGCUGUCCAGGGCGCGCAAGUUGCAGAAUAUGAUUUUGGUUGGGUACACGGCGCAAGUCGAAGACCUCUUGAGACGUGGCCCGCCAAGUAGCCUCAUCAAAAUUGUUGAGAGGCUCGAGCAGAAAGCCGAGGUCACCAUGUCGGCGCUGUCGGACUGGCCUGUGUAUGACUCGCUCCGGCGGUCAGCUGGCAUUUGAAGUGCAUCAGUACGACCAAAUGAUGAAGGAAAUGAUAAAGGAAAAGUUGCUUGUGUCAGCCUAGAGUUGCUUGAGCACUUUGUUGUGGAUUUGCUUAAUGUCCCGGCCAUGCCAAUUGGAGCUGCUGACCAAAUUGUGUCAGCCUAGUUUUGGCCAGGUCUGUGCAACUG